UUUACGUUGUCAGUGCUAAGUCUGAAUAAAGUGGGAAGAAAGUUUGUAUUCUGUGUAAUUUUUUUUCGUGUGCAUACCCGGGUGUGAUUUUUACCUGCUAUAAUAUAUUAUCUCGUGUGAGAACUUAAAUUCGCCCUACACUUACUGCAGCGAGUUACACUCAAAAGGAGUUGAUCAAUCAUAUUUUUUUUAAGAGUUGCCAUUUUUUACGGGCAACAAAGUGCACGAGAUCUAUAUUAUAUUUUAAUAAGCAUACGUCUUAUCGUAUGUACGAGAAUGUGAUGUAAUUAACUACUGCUGCUGCCACAAUAAUAACAAUGUGUAUUUUAAUUUAAUAUCGUCGUCGGAUGUACCUACUCACAUAUUUUUUACAAUCGAAUUUAUCAUAAAAAUAUUAUCAUUUUGUUUGCAGAUGAGUCAGCUAUGUCGUGUGUGCGGAGAACCAGCCGCCGGUUUUCAUUUCGGAGCGUUUACGUGUGAAGGAUGCAAGUCGUUUUUCGGUCGGACCUACAACAACCUGAGCUCGAUAUCGGAAUGCAAGAACAACGGCGAAUGCGUGAUCAACAAGAAGAACAGGACGUCGUGCAAGGCGUGCCGGCUGCGCAAGUGUCUGGUGGUGGGCAUGUCCAAGAGCGGGUCCCGGUACGGCCGGCGGUCCAACUGGUUCAAGAUCCAUUGCUUGCUCCAGGAACAGCAGCAGCAGCACCAUCACCAGCACAACAACAACAACAACAACAACAACAGCAACCACCACCAGCAACUCCCGCACCACCAGCAGCAGCAACCACUCGCGCAUCACCGUCAGUCUGCGGGCCUGCAGCACUUUCAGCAACAGUCGGCGGCGGGUUGCAGACUGUCGCUGGAACACGGACGGACGCCGCCGCUUUGGGCGGACGUCAAACACCACCUGCGCCUGGACGCGGACAACAACAACUCCGUGGCCGGUGACCUGAACAAAGACGGCACCGGCGGCCGAUUGUCCGCGUCCGCUGCCGCCGCGGCCGCGGCCGUCGUGCAGGCCGUCCGACCGGAAUUGCUGCGGUGGCCCUCGCCGUUCUUUUCGGCGUUCCCGUUCCCGCCACCCGCGCCGUUCUUCCUGGCCCUGCAGCAGCAGCAGCAGCAACAGCAACAUCAGCAGCAACUUCAGCAGCAGCCGCCGACGCCGCCGCCGCCGCCAUCACGUGGUCACCGGUCAUCGCGAAGUCCGUCGUACCGGUCGUUGACCGCGGACGACGACAGCUGUGCGGGUGACCGCGACGAGGAAGACGACGAUGACGGGCCGCCGUCUUCGAAGCGCGUCGCCGUCCACCGCGACCCACCGCCGGUCCAAGAAUCUCCGAUGGACCUGUCGGUGACCGCGGCCGCGUCCUCGCCGUCCCGGCCACCGUCACUCGGUUCCCCGUCACUCCUACCGUACGUCGGCGGCCGUUCACCCGGCCACAGCCCGGAGGACCGGUCGCGGCGCAGACGCCGGCGGCCGCGCAGGCGGAGACGGCAUCCGCGGGUAGACUUUGCCGCCGCUGAUCGGACGUCCUGUUCGGACGACGACCACGACGACGAUGACGACGACAGCUUGGCCGGAAGUGACUCGGCGGCGGUGUCCGACUCGAACGGAUCGGCCGACGGCGGCCGGCCGGAGAAAAACGCUCCUCUGGACUUGACGUGCAACCGGUCGUAGACGGAAUUUCAUCUCUGAUAUUAUUAUUAUCAUUAUUAUAUAACGUGAUAAGUUUUUCGGUGAUUUUUCCGUCCUGUUUUCCCUCACUCUCUCUCUCAGACCAUCUCCUACGAAGCGUCUCUAUAUAAUAAUGACUUAAAAAUUUCGUCGGAAAAAAUCGCGCCGCGGGUAUGUUAAAAUAUAAUCAUUAUCAUUAUAUUAUUAUUAUUAUAUUUAUAUAUAUAUAUUGUAUAUAUCAUAUAGUGUGUUAUACAUGGCGUGAUCGAUUCGCUGUAUACAGUUCACAAACGAAUUAUUGUAAUAAACAACGAGUGAUGUAUUAUAUAAUGUGCAUAUAGGCUAAUAAUUUGACACGAA